GGCCACGCUGCGCUCGCGUCGGGGCGGCGGAGCACACGCGGAAUCGGCGGAGCGAGUGCUGAGUCGGUGCCGCCGCCGGCUCCCCCCUCACCCGGGAGACGCUUCGGGGCGCGGAGCCUUGUGGGGCCGCCACAAAAUGGAGGCGAACGGCAGCGGCAGCGGCAGCAGCAGUGACUCGGCCCCCGACUGCUGGGACCAGGCGGACAUCGAGACGGGCAGCGGCGCCGGCCCGGGCUGCGCCCCGCCGGCCGCGGAGGCCGAGGCGCAGCAGGAGCUGCUCGGGGCGGCCUUCAGCCGGCAGCUGAACGUCAACGCCAAGCCCUUCGUGCCCAACGUCCACGCCGCCGAGUUCGUGCCGUCCUUCCUGCGGGGCGGCCCCGCGCCCGGCCUGCCGCCGCCCUCGCCCCCGCCCGGCCUCCCGCCGCCGCCGCCACACGGUGCAUCUGUAGAGACUUCUCCAGAGGAGCAGACAGCCCCUUGUGAAGGUAGUCCAAAUGCUGCUGUUAACAUGGAAAUUUCAGAAUCUGUUGUGGAAAAUGGAGAGACAGAAAUGUCCCCAGAAGAGUCGUGGGACCACAAAGAAGAAACAAGUGAAGCAGAGCUUGGCAGUGGCCCCACAGGGGACGCGGGGCCUUCGGAAGAAAGCGCUCAGGAAAUGAUGGAAGAGGAGGAGGAAAUACCAAAACCCAAAUCUGUUGUAGCACCUCCAGGUGCUCCUAAAAAAGAGCACGUAAACGUAGUAUUCAUUGGACACGUAGACGCUGGCAAGUCAACUAUUGGAGGACAAAUAAUGUAUUUGACGGGAAUGGUUGACAAAAGAACACUUGAAAAAUAUGAAAGAGAAGCUAAAGAAAAAAACAGAGAAACAUGGUACCUCUCGUGGGCCUUAGACACAAACCAAGAAGAACGAGACAAAGGUAAAACAGUAGAAGUGGGUCGUGCCUAUUUUGAAACGGAGAAGAAACACUUCACUAUUUUAGAUGCUCCUGGACAUAAGAGCUUUGUUCCAAAUAUGAUUGGUGGAGCUUCUCAAGCUGAUCUUGCUGUGCUGGUUAUUUCUGCAAGAAAAGGAGAGUUUGAAACUGGAUUUGAGAAAGGUGGACAAACAAGAGAACAUGCCAUGUUAGCAAAAACAGCAGGUGUAAAACAUUUAAUAGUUCUUAUUAAUAAAAUGGAUGAUCCAACUGUAAACUGGAGUAAUGAAAGAUAUGAGGAAUGUAAAGAGAAACUGGUGCCAUUUUUGAAGAAAGUUGGCUUCAAUCCCAAAAAGGAUAUUCAUUUCAUGCCCUGCUCAGGACUGACUGGAGCAAACCUUAAAGAACAGUCAGAAUUCUGUCCUUGGUAUAUUGGAUUACCAUUUAUUCCAUACCUGGAUAAUUUGCCAAACUUCAACCGUUCAGUUGAUGGACCAAUCAGGCUGCCAAUUGUGGAUAAAUACAAGGAUAUGGGCACUGUGGUCCUUGGGAAGCUGGAGUCGGGCUCUAUUUGCAAAGGACAACAGCUUGUGAUGAUGCCAAACAAGCACAAUGUGGAAGUUCUUGGAAUCCUUUCUGAUGAUGUAGAAACCGAUUCAGUAGCCCCAGGUGAAAAUCUAAAAAUCAGACUGAAGGGAAUUGAAGAGGAAGAGAUCCUUCCAGGAUUUAUUCUCUGUGAUCUCAACAACCUUUGUCAUUCUGGACGCACGUUUGAUGCCCAGAUAGUGAUAAUUGAGCACAAAUCCAUUAUCUGCCCAGGUUAUAAUGCUGUGCUGCACAUCCACACCUGUAUUGAAGAAGUUGAGAUAACAGCCUUAAUCUGCUUGGUAGACAAAAAAACAGGAGAAAAAAGUAAGACACGGCCCCGUUUUGUGAAACAAGAUCAAGUUUGCAUUGCCCGUUUAAGGACAGCAGGAACGAUCUGCCUUGAGACAUUCAAAGAUUUCCCUCAGAUGGGUCGCUUUACCUUAAGGGAUGAGGGUAAGACCAUUGCAAUUGGAAAAGUUCUGAAACUGGUUCCAGAGAAGGACUAAGCAUUUUUCUCAAUGACCCCGCACAAAACUGUGAGGAAAAUCGACUCAGCAAAAGCCUACUUCACACCGCCUUCUUAUUUUCUGCCCAUUGAUAAACUUCUCCCCAUAUUUUGCAAAGACAAAUUUCACAGCAAAGGUCCACAUUAUGUCAGCUUUCUCAUAUUGAGAGCUCUGCUAUGCCACUGUUGAAUUUUCCCAAAAAAAGAAAUUUUUUUUUUCUCCCAAAUUCUGCUUCCUUGGAAAGAUUCGGCAAUAGCUUUGUAAGUGAUGUGGACAUAAUUGCCUAUAAUUAUGAAAAUCUAAAGGAUUUUUAAUGUUUAAUUUCCCCCAGCAUAUAUAUUAAGACCUCUUUUUUCCAGGCAGAUCAUUCAGAGUGUGCGAGUGUGUGUGCACAUGUUACAAAGAUGACUACCAUGUUAAUAAACUAUUCAAUUUGAAAUCUUUUUCGGUAUUCGAAUUGCUUUUGAAUAAUGUUUUUUAUCCAGAUGUAACGCAGUUGCAUUUAGCUUUUUAACUCUCCAGUAACCCAGAUAUUUGGUUACUUGGACUUUUCUAAACUCCUCAGCCUCCCCACACACACAGUUUUAAAUGAGGCAAUUGGGCACUCAACCAAGUUUGUAUUAAAACAAUUAGGUUUGCCCCUUCCCUUUGUCAAAUGCAUUCUGAAAAUUAAAAAAAAACAUUCAUGCAAAUGUGGCACCUUCAUUAGCUUUACAUUUGUUAAUAACUUCAGCAAAUUUAGGUUGACUUAACAUCAUUACUAGACACAGUAAGUCAAUUUUGAAGGCUAGAAGUACGUAUUGUGUCUUUAUAAAAUUCAGCAUUGUUAAAUUCUUAACUGCAGAAAAUGCUAACAACCAGUAAAUCAGUGAAAGUUGCAAAAAUAAGAGAAUCUGUGGCAAUAGUGCCUAUUAGUAUUUAUAAGAGCUGCAUUUUGUGGGAGAACUGGGCCAAUUAAAAAGUGCCAGUUAUAUAAAUUACUCAGUUCACCCUGUCUUUAAUUUAGAGGGCUGGAUAAUCCUUGCUGUUUUAAAGAUCAGUCUGAACUGAGAGGGAGACAGACUAUUUAAAUCCCUAAGAAUUUGCACAUACCGAAAUAUGGGAGGGUCAGAAUCAAGCACAGUCUGUAAAUUUUUGCAUAUCAAAAGCAAUGUAAGCUGAUGAGGACCAGUGAAGUUUUUCUUGAAGAAUUAAAGCAAAACUGGUUCAAAGUAAAGCUUACUCAGUACAACUUGAAGGAGCUGCAUAAUAAAACCCUAUUUAGCUGCACUUUGGAAGUGGACUGUCUGCAAUUGCUGUCCUGAUUCUAACAAUUAGGAUGAAGGCUAAGGGAUUUUUUUCAUUUCCCAGAGUAUUAGUAGUAAUUAUUAAAAGGUAUCUUCAGAGCUUCUUCAGACUGUCUUAAACUAAACAUUUUCAGUUGUACAAUUGUGGUGAGCCCAUCUUCUCCCCCAAAAGUUUACAGUCUAGUGACUGUGUCUGAAUUCACAGAUAACUCAAAAUUGAAAGAGAUUUACCUUUUUUUGGUCUUUUUUUUUUUUUUUGGUUUUUUUUUUGGUCUUUUUUUUUGGUUUUGUUUGUUUCUUUGUAACUGUGGAACUCCCAUUCAUUUCACUUACAGCUACAUUGUAUGGACAGAAGAAGUUAUUGUCCUUCCGUUUCAUAUGACUACACUUGUAGCUACCGUAAUGCAUGGAAUUUAAAUAAAUUUUAUUAUGUCUGCAAA